AUGUCGAUUUUUGAAAAAUACAUAGUGGCUGCGGAUGAAUUAAUCAGCUUUGAGGUUAUGCUUAAAGCUGAAGAUUUUUCUAGUUACACGGACGAUGCUUUUGAUUUUGAAAGAUCAGAAUUAGAUAAAUCAUGGGAAAAUUAUAAAAGCAUUUAUAGUGAUUGUUCUGAUGUCACAAUAGAAAAAAAGAAAGAAUUGUUAAUGGUACAAACAAAGCAUCCGCAGGUCCGCAAGACAUAUAUAAGAUGUAUUAACAUUAUUUCCAAAGCAAAAGCAAACUUAGGUAAAAAAACUGAAGAAAAUGUAGAAUCAGCAAUUCCCAAUCUUUGUGGUUCCAUAUCCGUACCUCCUUGUGAUACUGGUGUUUUUCAUUGGGAUUACGUUUCGUGGCCCACAUUUAGGGAUAUGUUUACUGCGAUUUACAUAAACAAUACAAGACUUAGCCCUGUAGAAAAGUUAUUUUACCUGUUUAGAAAAACUGAUGGUGAGGCAAGGGAUAUAAAUAGAAAUGUUGCCCUGACAGCAGAAAAUUUUGAGAUAGCUUGGUAUAAUUUGAAAAUUCAGUAUGAAAAUAAACGGGUUUUGAUUAAUAGUCAAUUGAAGUUGCUCUUUAAUUUAGCUCCUUGUCAACAAGAAUCGGCUAGUGAAAUUAAAAGACUUCAAAGGGAGAUCAAUAAUUGUAUGGCUAUCCUUAAGUUAUACAAUGUAGAUAUUAAUUCAUGGGACCCUAUUUUUGUAUUCCAAUGCUCAUCCCGUCUCUCAGAAUGUUCACUUAAUCUGUGGGAACAAUCGUUCAAGAACAAAACAGAGGUUCCCAAAUGGGAAGAAUUAAAUAAUUUUCUCACCGAUAGAUUUCAUGCCCUUGAAAGUGUAUCAGAUAUCAUAGCUAUAAACAAUUCAAAUCCCAGUGGUUCCCAAUCGGCACUUAAUAGUAACAAUAACCAUACAUCAACUAAAGUAAAACAAUUUAAGGCCCAUAAUACUAAAGUUGAAACCAUUUUUUGCAAAUUAUGCAAAGAAAACCAUAAAAUCAGCUCCUGUACCAGAUUUUUGAAUAUGGAUUAUAGAAAUCGUGUUUCAACUUUGAAAAAAUUUCGUUAUUGUUUUAAUUGCCUCAACAUUGGACAUAUGUAUGGUGAUUGUAGUAGCACAAACGGUUGCUCCAAGUGCAAAAGGAAGCACCAUACUUUAAUGCAUAGGGAUUUUGUAAAUAAAAACAAUAAUAGCCAAAAUCAAGGAAAUACUAGAUUUCAGGGCGAAAGUCAAAAUAGUUCUGUCCAACAAAUACAGUCCACAAAUACAAAUCAAUUACAGUCCACUAAUAUCGCAGGUCCGUCUGGUGUUGUUCAGUCACAUCACACAUCAGUAGCUAAGAAAGUGAUGUUGGCUACAGCUUGGGUCAAUAUAAUUAGUUGUGGUUCCUAUUACAAAGUUCGAGCACUCAUAGAUCCUUGUUCGGAUGAAAGUUUUGUUUCUCAGAGAAUACAAACUGUAUUGAAGUUGCCCAAUAAGCCAGUUUCCGCAGAAAUUACUGGUUUAGGAGGAGAAUUAGUAAGCAAAUCUUCAAAGAUUGCGAACUUUAUAAUUGUUUCUCUGUUUGAUCAAAAUGUAUCUCUAAAUAUUCAGGCUUUAGUAGUUACUCGUGUAACAGGAAAUGUACCUACACAUACAUUUAAGCCUCCAAAGAAUAUAGAUUUGCCCAAUCUGAAUUAUGCUGACCCCAAGUUUUAUGAAAGCAGUGAAAUAGACUUAUUGUUAGGAGGUGAUUUGUAUCCCCUAAUUCUUCGUGAUGGAGUUCAAUAUGGAAUUUUCGAAUCUUUAGUGGCCCAAGAGACAAUUUUUGGCUGGAUUGUCACAGGCCCAACUCCAAGUAAUGAUUCCUCACGUUUUUCAAUAACCAAUUAUAUGACAAAAGUUUCCAUUGACGAUCAGUUAAAAAAGUUUUGGGAGUUAGAAGAAGUUUCUCGUAGAAAGAUUUUAUCAGAAGAGGAUAAAAAAUGUGAAGAGAUCUAUCUUUCUACUUCCACAAGAAAUUCUGAAGGAAGAUAUAUAGUUUGUUUGCCCUUUAAAGAUACUUUUUCGUCACUUGGCCCAAAUCGUCAUAUUGCUCUCAGUCAAUAUUUAAGAAAUGAAAAGGUUUUAAUGCGAAAUCCUGAAUUUAAGGCUCAAUAUGAUGAGGUUUUAAAAGAAUACAUAGCUUUGGGACACAUGGAGAAAAUUGAAAUUCAGAAAGUAGUCCGAGUUAUUAUUUACCUCACCAUGGAGUUUUUAAGCCUGACAGUACCACCACAAAGUUAA